AUGACCGUUCCUCUUUCUCGGACAUCACGGUCGUGGCAUGCACUGCGCAAGCAAACGACGGCGUUGUGCAUCACGCCGUCGUCGUCGUCUCGCCACACGGGUCUCGUUCGGUCGUUCUGGACACCGUCGUCGCCGCUGCAGGUGGCCGUCGCGGGCCUGACAGCACUCGGCAUGGGCACGGUCGUGUCUCCUACCUCGGCGCACAGUCGGAAUCCCGCGCAGCAGAAGAAGACGAGCAUCAGCCAGACCUGCGACACGGACCAGUGGACGAUCUGCGACGACGCGCUCGGCACCGGUGCAUUUGGCGUCGUGCGCCUUGGCGUCUCGCGAACGACGGGCGAGAAGGCAGCGAUCAAGUCGCUCCACGCCCACCGCGCGUCGCUGCACCGUGAAAUCCACGCGCUGCGAAAGAUCAAGUCGCUCGGCGGCCACAAGAACAUCAUCGACCUCAAGGACGUGUACACGGAUGCAGAUGACCGCGUGUGCGUCGUGACCGAGCUCGUCGCGGGCGGUGAGCUCUUUGAGCACAUUGACCUCAAGCCUGAGAACGUGCUCUUGCGCUUCAAGGAAAAGCGCGCCGACAACGAAGCCAAGCUCGCCGACUUUGGCAGCGCGGGCCCGCCAAGCGUUUUUAGCCGCACGGACGACGUUGGCACGUCGGCGUACUUGCCGCCCGAGCUUCUCGAAGCGAAGAAGGGCGGCGUCGUGUGCUCGCAGGCCGCCGACAUGUGGGCCAUCGGGUGCAUUUUGUACAUCCUUCUCACAGGCAUGCAUCCAUUCGAUAUGGACGGCGCGCUGCCAGAAGAGCUCGUGGAGAUGCGCAUCAAGAAGAGUGACGUGAGCUUUGAUAACCCGCGCUGCACGGAUUUGUCGGUCGACGCCAAAGAUCUUAUUGCCAAGCUGUUGGCCAAGAACCCAGCGCAGCGCCUUUCUGCGACCGAGAUGCUCGAGCACCGAUGGAUGACGCAGCAAUCACAGACGAACCCGCUAUUUACGAUCGAUAUCUUUCACCCGACGGACGCCCAUCGCCCCUUGUACACUAGCGCAACCGAAACAUAA